UCCGCAUCACAUUGCUGUUUAAUGCAAUAGCACUACUGUUUCCCGAUAAAUAUGGCUUUUCUUCAAAGUGCCUACUUGGUAAUGGUAUUCACUGUGCCAAUAGCUGGAGUUAUUCUAAAUACUUACGUGUUGCGGAAAUUAAUACGAGUAGCAAGAAAAAGCGUCGUCCGCUUCGAAACCACAUCGGGAUUACCGCUGGCUGCCAUGUCGGUCGGCGACUCCAUCACAUUAUGUGCUCUUCUAAUGCAGGCAAUAUUUCACAUCACUCCAAAAGGUGAAGUUCCGACAGUUGUCCUGAGCUCAAUAUGCAAGUUCGGCAUCUUUCUUAUUCAUUCGACAUCUGCAUUCUCCGUAUGGUGUUGGUUCUUUUUGUCAGUGCUUCGGUACAUUGCGGUAUUCCAUCCGUUCAAAUAUCGUACUAUUUGGAGGCAACCUCGAAACGCGUUAAAGUUUCUUGCUGGUGCUGUUGGCAUGUUCCAAAUCUAUACAUUAAUAUUUGUAACGUACCGACAAGAAGAAAAGUCAUGUGGAGAAUAUGAUGUUUUUCACGAGAGUGCUUUUAAGCACGUUCAUCUUCUCGACAUCUUUCUUUUCUACGCAAUCCCAUCUUUGUUACGGAUCACGUUGGAUUUUCUGGUUCUUAUCCACUGCUAUUCUCCGUUUUCAGUCGAAGGAUUGGAUAGGGUGACCAUUGAUCGGAGAUAUGCUAUCAGUGGUCCAGCGACAACGAAGCGGUUUUCUCAUACAGGGGAAACAGAUACUUUGGACAAUAAAGCACAUGUCGCUUUGGCCAUUUCAAUAACUGCCAGUACGAAUACACCGAGCGUCAAACGAAUACACCACGGAAACCCAAAAAAGAAGACAGCAAUGGUAAUGAGAUCAAUACUAAUUUCCGUGCUCAACUUGCUAUUGAAUCUCCCCUCACACAUCUUCCGAGCUUGGGCUUCGUACGACGAGAGCAGCUUGGAAAAUGAAAUUGUGCGAACAUUAGAACCAAUCGCACAAAUGAUGUACUUCUCGCAGUUCGCGUGUAAUGCUUUCUACUUGGCAACAUCAAUUUAUGAAACCAACGGAUCUCCAAGGAAUACUGUAAUUUCAAGCAGCAAUCGUCAUGUUUCGAGAUGUAUUUCAGAUGACGAAGCUUAAUUUUACAUCUCAUAAAAUUUAGCACUAGGUACGGAUACUUGCUUCUCUUCAAACCUGUUUGUCAAACUAUUACAUGUUCUCUCAGCAUUUCUCAUUGUUUUUGUUGUAUUUUUGAUCUCAAUUGAUCUACUGAACUCCUUUCUCAAAUCACUCAAAUUCCGCAUUUUCAACGUGUAAGCCAAACAAAAAUUGUGCAAAAAAAAUAAUUGAAAACAAAUUAAUAAUGUGUUAUAAAAAUAAAUUAUUUGCUG